CAGCCCACACCCCUCACAGCCCACACCCUCACAACCCACACCCUCACAGCCCACACCCUCACAGCCCACACACCCCUCACAGCCCACACCCUCACAACCCACACCCUCACACACGACCAAAGUGUCAAGGGGACCACGCGCGGAUACAUAUUCCCGGCUGCUGCAGAUUGAUGUCCGGGAUCUCAUAAACCCCUACACGAGGGCCCUGUGAUUUAACAGAACUAAUUAAGUACAGUGAUUUCCAAUGGUACUGUUAAAUGACAUGAUGUAAGAGGCAGAACUCGGAGGUUUCGUAAUGCAUUGAAGACCUAUGCGUCAAUUCCCCCUGACUAUGGAGCAGAGCAUCGACAUGUGUGGGGACGCCGCAGGGGUGACGACGAGGAAGUGCCGGCCACUGGCCAGCUCCAGCACGCGGGGAAGUAUGGCGAGCCUGUGAACGCCUAACAGUGCCUGGUGCUCCUCCUCCUCCUCCUGUGCCCCGAGGCAUACAUUGUGUGGGUGAGACGCGACCCAUUAUGGCCACGCACACCCACAUGACCCCGGUCACGUGACGGAACGGCCGGAUGCAAUCCCUGCUUCAGAGAACGACACCUUCCAAGCGCCUCUGACCUCCCCGUAUGGCGAGACGACGCUGCGACCUACACACGAACACUACAACGACUACCGUCAUAUUAAGUGUGACACCUGCCGCCUCCAACACCACCACACCAACACCAACACAUCACCAACACAACAUCACCAACACCACGGUUAGUGGAUCAAUACCGUGGCUGAGUUAUGUACCCUUGGUGGGUGUGGAGGUGGAGAUUGGUGCCGUGUAGACAGGUGCCACGACGCCUGUACCGUCACCAGCGGGGCACCUGUUGACCCUGCACACCUGUAACGCCACCCACUACACAGCUGCUGCCUAUGUUGACCCUCCACAUCUGUACUAGCCCUUUGCUCGCUAUUUGCAUCAAGUGAAUAACUGUAGACUUAAAAAUGAUUAAUGGAACCAAGCCAAACAUUGAACUUGGUAAAUAUGAAAGAUCAGCCUUGAACGCAACUGUUCCGUGCCUUAUUGGAGCUUGUGUUAGCGUGGGCAACCCCGUGACACUGUGUUUGUGUUCACCGCUCCAGCAGUGACUUGGCCUUGUUGGCGCUGGUGAACCGACCACGGUCAUUCUCAGACCUGAAGCCUCGUGUCCACGGGCAGCGCCUCCUGCUGAGGUCGUCCGCGUGCGUGAGCACUCUGCGCGCACACGCAGUGUUUUCACUAGGACGGAGAACUUCCUCCUUAUGCAACUUUUGUAGCCCUUGAUUACCACGACCAGCACCGUCGACCACCCCCACCAUCACCAACACCGUCGACCACCACCACCAGCAGCACCGUCGACCACCCCCACCCACCACCACCAGCACCGUCGACCAGCCCCACCACCACCACCAGCACCGUCGACCACCCCCACCCACCACCACCAGCACCGUCGACCACCACCACCACCAGCACCGUCGACCACCCCCACCCACCGCCACCAGCACCGUCGACCAGCCCCACGGACCACACCUACCUCACCAUGUCCACGUGCUGUCGGUGUUUGUGUUGCCGGGAGGAGAGUUCUGAGGACUCUGACCUGGAGGAGGAGGUGCAGCUCCCCCCCGGCCUCCUGCCGGUGCAGAAUGAGUCCAAAGCCCAGGAGACCGUCCCCAUCCACACGCCCUCCGCCAGCAGAGAGUGCCUGCUGGACCCGCCCCUGCGGGAACGCCUGCGCCGCCAGCCGCAGCUGAGCGUCAGGAAGCAGCUCUUCUCCAUGACGGGGUGGACCCUGGCCAUCCACCCGGACAUGGCCGUCAGGGGCACCAGAGAGUUCUACAACAUCUACGCCAUCCUGGAGGUGCGGGCCGUGGGUAAAGCUGAGGUGCAGAUCAGAGGUGUUGAUGCUGGACUCUUUCUCGCUAUGAACCACAAGGGCAAGGUGUAUGGAGAGCCCAACGAGCUGAGGGAGAACACUGUGUGGGUAGAGACCCUCUCCGGAGCCUUCUUCAACUAUCUGCACAAGAAAAAUGCGCACCUGGGGUGGUACCUUGGUAUUAAGAAGAGCGGCAAGGGCAAACGAGGCCACAAGACGGAGUACGGACAGCGAGCGGUGCAGUUCCUCCCAAGACAUCCCUACCCGAUUGGCUAGAAAGCCAAUUUUGCGACGCUAGCUUCAUGGGUACAUCCCCCCGUUACCAACACUUUUUUCGAUGCACAAUGAAAUCACAUUAACGUGAUGUUGUGAUUAACGUGAUGUCACGAGGAGGAGUAUUAGAGCCCGUAAACUUGGUACUCCAACGCACACGCCUUAGACCACUACACCGCGACAUGGUUAAAAGCAUUCCAACCUGGGAUUCAAAUGAAUUCUUAGGGGUCCUGAAGAGGUAGAACUGCUGAACCAUAGCCAGAGUGCAUGAAACGUGCACUCGCGCAGGAGGCAAUGCGUGAAACCCUAACUAGGCGUCAGUAAAAGCCUCAGGUCUCCUUGAGGAUUCAGUUGAAUCCCAGGUUGCAUUGCUUUUGACCAUGUCGUGGUGCAGUGGUUGUUUAUAUCUGACAACCUGAACUCGAUCAGCUUGAUUUAAACCUUUUCAUGCAAAAAAAAAAAAAUCCCACCGGAGAUUUGUACGUAUUAAGAGCUUACUUUUUGUUCCAAACUUUAAUCGCUUGAACUUCUGUGGUGCUCGUGGAAACAUGCAGCUCUAGACACCUUCUGUUGUCUGUCUACGGCGCUACAAGAUGCAGUCACCUGUCUGCGGAAAGAAACAUCACAAGAAGAAUUUUAAAUUGUCAAUAAAAAUACUCUUAGUAUAAUGAAAUAUAACAAGAGAUGUUGGGGAAGAAAUGAGGUGUAAUACGCGGUCCGGCACUGUAGUGCGAGCAGUUAUACAGCAAAGGUGUUCCCGCGGGUCCCGGGGGAUGAAGAGAGGCAUAGGUAUGAAACAAUGCCACAAACCUCCUCAGACCACUGAGUGCAGAAAACGGAGAGGAAAGAUAUUGUUUUAGGUGAAAAGGGGUGACGAAAAAUACUUAGUCAUUGUAAAAUAUAUUUCAUAGCAUUAUUUAUGUUUUGAUAUAUAUAUAGCGAAUUUUGUAUGCGUAAUCCAGCUCGCUAUUAAUGCCUUAAAGAUUA